GGCAGCUGCUUUUGUCAGUCAGGCGAAGCGUAAAAACAAGAAAACAAAUCAAACGCGAGGAGAAGUGACACGUAAAUCGUAAAUAAAGUUUGCAUUUCUAGUCGUUGGAAGUGAAAUGUACGGGUAGCGGCAACGGAAUAUCUUACCCCUUUCGAUUCCACUAUAGGCAACGGUUUGUGUGAUUAAUUUUACGGGAGAAAUAUUCGGGGUCGGAACGGUGGACGGCAUUUCUUGGUGUUCGUUUUAACAACAGCAGAACAAAAAUGGGACGUUCGGUGAUAUGUGAAGCCUUUCUCGAGGAGUACCUCAAGAAUCUUUCCAAGAAGCAGGGUUCCUGCGUUGGUGUGCUGAUUGGACAGCCAUCAAGCAGCGGCAAAGAUUACGUCGUUUACCUGAACAAAAUCAAGGACGAUUCCGGUGCCGAAACGGAAGUACAAAACAUUCUGGACAUCGAUAAUCAACAGGUUUCACAGCAUGCAUUGAUCGAAACCCGGCUGCUGCCGGGUGGAUUCUACGUGAUGGGUAUCUUCGUCAUCAAUCCGAAGAGCGUUUUCGAAGACCAGAACCUGCUGAGGAAAGUGAAAACCAUACUGAUGGACAUCCGGCACACGUUCGAUUCCAAUCCGCUUCUGCAGGGUAACUGCGAUGGGCUGGAUAGUGGUGAAAAGCUGGUGUUCUACUACUCAUCCAGCAGUAACGUGUUCGGGUGCAAGACCGUGGCCCUCAAAUCGGAGAGCCUUUCGGUGAAACCAUGCGACUGGAAGUUCCAGGAUCGAGCCACCAGCUGGCAGGUGAUGAACACGUUCUUCGAGACGGACGAAACGUUUGCGUUGAAGAAAAAGAAACAGCAGAAGCAAUCGGACGAUCAGUACGAUACGGAGACCAAUUUGACCGAGUGUGUCGAAGUGCUGAAAAAUCAGCUGGACAGAAGCGUCGUGUUCUUUGACGGCGGACCAAAGGAUGGGAAACUGUUGAUAGAAUCGACUCUGCAAGAUAAGAAGGACGAUCCAUUCCUGGUGCACGUUUAUACACCAUUGCCAUCCAACAGUGACAUUUCCACUCGCACGAUCGAAACUUUCGAAGGGACCCUGAAAUUUGACGGCAUCAUAAGUUCCAAGGUUUUCGUUCAUCCGAAAAAUACUUUCGCCGAGGUAGAAUCCUUCAUCAAAACGGACAUCGUUCGUUCGCUUAUGUCUCGGGUGCAAAUCCAUUGCGACUCCCUGGUCCAGUCCGCGGAAGACAGCGUUCAGGAUACGAUCGUGCUGAAUGAGCUACCCCGCCGAAUCUAUUUCCCCAUUCAGCUCAAGUCGAACCUACCGAUUAUGUUCAGCGAGUAUCUGUUCCUGGAGGAAGCCAAGGAGACAGCCAUUCCACAAAUCCGAGACACACUGGAUUUGGUCGUAAUGCCCAAGGACCUGAGCGCAACGGUUGAAGUUGUGGCCGAAGUGAAGGAGGAGGAGCGACACGACGCAAAGGAGUGCGAGACCAGUGUGGAUGAGAAGGGAGAAGGAAAACUAAAUAUGACGAUGGUUGGAGCAUUGCUGGCCGCGAUAGUUCUGUUGAUUGCCAUUUUGGUGUUCUUUUUCAUGAAGUAGAUUUGGCGUAAGGAUCCAACGGUCCCAUCUUGUGGACAUUUCUUGAUGGUGUUUUUUUUUCGUUUUGACCAAGAUAAAGUCAAAUAUAUACAAUAUUUUAAAACAAA